AUGCUUCUGAUUACUGUUUUCGUUGCAGGCCUUGCUAUUGUUGGCUCGGUAGCUCGCGUAUGCCCAGACGGUCGAGGCGAUCAUAACGGCCUCGUCGAUCUUGGGUAUGCCCGCCAUGUCCCAACUUACACCAACACCACCAUCUCCGGUCACAAUGUAACCAUCUACAAAAACAUCCGCUUCGCCAACCCGCCUACCGGCGACUUGCGCUUCCGCAGGGCCAACAUGGAUCUACCCCAAGUGGACGGCGUGCAAAAGGGAGAUGAGCCGCCCGGCAGCCGUGACUGUAUCUCCUCUGCGCCAGCAUACAUUCCCUUUCCUGGAAUCAAUGGCACCACGUGGGGCCAUGAGGACUGCCUCUUCUUGGAUGUGUACGUGCCGCAGGGUGUGAAGCCAGGUGACAACGUCCCAGUCCUUCAUUUCUUCUAUGGGAGCGCAUACAGCUUUGGGAGCAAGGAGUUUCUCUUCAGCCCAAUGGGGCUGUUCGAGCACAUGUUUGAGCAACACAAAGGAAGGUUUAUUUUCGUCGCCAAUAACUACAGGAUGGGAGUCUCUGGGUUCUCCUACUCAGAAGGGGAGGAUAUGGAGGCUAACGCCGGCUUAUUUGAUUGCCUUGCAGCUGCGAGAUGGACCUCCAAGUUCAUCCACAAGUUUGGAGGGGAUGGGAGGCGUAUCACGGCUGCGGGCCAGAGCGCCGGCGCAGGUAUGCUCUACUACAUGACUACUCUGGAUGGAGGCAAAGGAGAAUUGCCAUUCCAGAAGUUGUUCAUAUCCUCACCGGCAGCUCCUCCUCGGCGACGGGUCGCAGAUCGUCAGCGAGAACAGUUUGACCUUCUGCUCAACGUGACAGAUUGUGCCACUCUAGAGUGUGUGCGUUCACUUCCAGAACAGGCCAUCUUGGACGCCAGCGAGAAGCUUGUCAACCAAAUGCCAUCCACUGGAGGCGGUGGUGUCCUAGGGCCUGUCAUCGGAUAUGGCCCAGCACCAGACGGCAAAUCAAUCCCCGAUCUUCCUCUUGCGCAGUUCCAUGCCGGUGAGUUCCAUGAAGAGCUAGAAGGGAUUAUCAUGGGCAGCAUGGCCUAUGAGGGGAUGGGCACGUCGCAUGAUACCGACCAGCCAGAGUACUUCCCAACCAUGGUGCGUCAAAUCAUGUCGAACGCCAGCGACGAGGUGGCCUCAACCAUUCAAGCCCUGUACUAUCGUCCCGAGACACCGGCACAGCUUGCCUGGGACUGGACGACUGAUGCCAUUUUCUCGUGCAACUCGUACAACCUCGCCAACGCCUUGCCGGGGAAGUCGAGGCGAUAUGUCAUGUCCACCCCACCAGCCACCCACGGCCAGGACUUGUGGUAUUUCUUCUAUGUUGAUGAAGAGCAAACACCUCUGGGUGAAGAGGGAGUGGGACUCGCUCGCGAAUUCCAGACAAAGUUGCUGGACUUUGUGCACGGGAAUGAUGUCGCUUGGCCGUUGUAUGGCUCAGAGAAGAACAUUUUCAACAUCACUGAUCGGUUUGAGGAGGCCACCUGGGGGCCAGAUCUGACGAAGCGAUGCGACACCAUUAAUCGCUUUGUUUUGGACCCCGCCAAUGGCGCUUAG